AUGUCUGCUGAAUGUGUUCGCCAUGCUGCUUAUUACAAGGAAACAGAACUUGAAUACCACUGGCAUCUCUCAAUGACUUUGGUUUGGGAGGCUGAGAAGCUUUCAAGGCUCAAGCAUUUUAUUGAUGGAAAACAGCAGGAGCAGGAGGAUCAAACCACUCAGGCAUUUGAGGAAGCAGCACUCUUUACACAUAUUCAGGAUUUCAAGUUCAUUACUGCAGUUCAAACGAAUGAGGUGGAAAGGGUCAAACAGUUAAAUGCCGAACUCGAUGAGCUCAAUAUUUUUCUUCCACUGGCUUCAGACCUCAACAAUAAUUAUACACGCUCUAUCAGAGAUCCCCACAACUCUGAUCAUUCAUCUGUUGGAGACCCCCCCCCCCCCCAAGGAUGA